UCUUGACAUUGUGGCAAGGUGGCCUGGCUCAGUCCAUGAAUCAAGACCGAAGUUCAUGUUUGAGGAACAACAUGUACCUGCAGGAUGCUACCUUCUCAGGGACAGUGGUUAUCCCUGCAAGCAGUGGCUCUUGACCCCAUACCUGGACCCUCGAACUGCUGAACAGACCAGUUAUAACAGAGUUCGUAGGAAGGCACACAGCAUUGUGGAACGAGGCAUUGGACAACUUAAAAGAAGAUUUCAUGUCUUGCGUAGUGAAGUGCUUCUCAACCCAGAAAAGACGUGCAAAAUGAUAAAUGUCUGUGCAGCGCUUCACAACAUUUGUAAGGCUCGGAACAUCCCUGUGCAUAUAGCAGGAGGCGCAUCGCCUCACCCACCCUACGACGCCAAGUCCAGGGGUCCCUCUGGGCGAGUCUUCAUGCUUCCUGUCCCAUCCUGAGUACCUCCUAGCAGGAUCUAUCGACUUGCUCAAGCCACGAACUCCGUGGGCGUCCCCUUGGCCUCCUCCAUUCGGGAUUGUCUCUACCCUGAUGAGCAGGAUCAGCUUCAGGAUACCAAUGAUCCAGAUCCUGCCCAGAACAUUACUGAAGAGACACAGCCUUUUGCCAUUGCUAAGGAGAAUCCAUAUAGAUUUGUUUCCAAUGGCUCAGAGCAAGUUUGAAUAUGUGAAAUCCUUUGAAGAAGAAGGGCAGCUUGAUCCACGACACUGGAUUGUGGUUGCUCUGAACUUCAAGAACUAUGAAGACCUCUACCAUGUGCACCAACUGGAGCGACCCAAUGACCACAACCUCACCAGGCUGAUGGAGGCGUCAGUGGAAGUUGUUAUGCAAGACUUCAAAGACAUAGUUCUCUGCUAUAGUUUUUCCAGAGAAUUUAAUUUUCUCUUUUCAAAAAACACAACACUGUACAGGAGACGGGGCCCAAAACUUCUGACUAAUGUGUGCAGUCUCAUGUCAUCUGCUUUUGUUCACAAAUGGCCAUGUAUUUUUGGGUCUUCAGUCUUAAACUUUCCACCACUUAUAGAGGGCACUAUUCACUUGGUUCCAGAUGAUCAGAGUUUGAGGGAUUACAUGACCAAAUGCCAGAAUGUUUGCCAUCAUCAAAACCUGUAUAAUACCACAUUUUGGUCCCUAAUUUCUAAAGCAAGAUUGUUGCCUGAGGAAGUUAGUGAAGCCUUGAAAGGUGCCAAUGAAGCAGCACUAAAUGAAAUUUUAUUUUCAAAAUGUAAUAUCAAUUAUAACAAGCAAGAUAAUGUGUUUAAAAAAGGAAGUGUUGCUGUGCGUAAAAAGGUACAAAAAGCUGUUACUACACCAAAUGGGUCCAUAUCUCAAAGAAAUCAGAGCACUGUAAUUGUUAUGCAUACAGAUCUUAUCAAAGACAGCUUCUGGAGUGAAAUCUUUGAGCUGGAGCAGCCCACUAAGGUGAGCAGCAAGUACAGUUACCUUAAACACUUUGAGAAGAAGGAACACUUACUGCCUCACACCUGGAUGGUGGUGAGAAUUGAUGGAAAAGGCUUCCACAAGUUUUCAGAGAAGCAUGAUUUUAAAAAGCCCAAUGACAUUAGAUCAAUAGAAUUAAUGAACAAGGCAGCUACUUCAGUUAUGGAGGAAUUUCCUGAUAUAAUAUUUUCUUAUGGUCAAAGUGAUGAAUAUUCUUUUGUUAUCCAUAGAUAUUCAAAGAUGUGUGGCCGCCAAGGCAACAAGAUGAUCUCCAGCAUUGUUAGUUUGUUUGCAGCGGUCUAUGUGUUUCAUUGGUCAAGUCUGUUUGGGGACGUGGCUCUCCAGUACUGCCCAGCUUUUGAUGCUCGGGUAGUCUUGUAUCCCAACAAUUCCUGCCUUAGAGAUUAUCUGAGUUGGCGUCAAGCAGAUUGUCAUAUAAAUAAUAUGUACAAUACUUGUUUCUGGGCUUUAGUACAACAGGGGCAGUGUUCAAGGCAGAAGGCAGAAGAAAUAUUGUGUGGAACUUUCUCUAAAGAUAAGAGAGCAAUUCUCCUAAACAGGUUUGAACAGAAUUAUGAUGAUGAAGAUGCAAUCUUUAGGAAAGGAACUGUCAUGUUUCGAGAGUUUGUGUCUGGAGCACCCGAGAGAGGUUUGUGUGGCCCCCCUGGUGAGCAGUGUGAGGCCAGCCAGGUGGGGAGACCAGGGGACAGGUGCAGCAGCAUUACUGUUGGCCACUUUGAUGUAAUAAGGGAUGAGUUUUGGAGAGAAAGGCCAUGGAUCCUCGGUGAAGAGAGGAAUGCAACAACAAUAGAUGACUUUGACUAGAGUGAAUGUUGUGUUUUUAUAUUUUAUGUAUAAAAAUAUGAAAAUAGAAUUUCAACCAAUAA